GCUGUUGGUACCAUGUCUCCCUUUGAACAUGGCGAGUUUUUUGUUCUUGAUGAUGGUGGAGAGGUAUUUUACCCUUCCUCUUUACAAAUAGGUGGUGAUAUGAACCUGGCUGCUGGCAUUCAGGUGGCUCAAUUGGCCCUCAAACAUCGCCAGAAUAAGAAGCAGCAACAAAGGAUUAUAGUCUUUGCUGGAAGUGCUGUUAAACAUGAAAAGAAGACUUUGGAGAUGAUUGGAAGAAAGUUAAAGAAGAACAGUGUAGCCCUUGAUAUCAUUAAUUUUGGUGAAGAAGAUGAAGAAAAAUCAGAGAAGCUAGAAGCACUUCUUGCUGCUGUGAACAAUAAUGACACCAGCCACAUUGUUCAUGUUUCGGCUGGUCCAAGUGCUCUUUCUGAUGUACUCAUAAGUACACCUAUCUUCACUGGAGAUGGAGAAGGUGGGAGUGGGAUUAAGAUUAAGUCUAUUGUUGAAGCUUCAAAGCCGUGGCCAUCGGUGAGCAUGUCCAGGUGGUUACUCACGGUGAAUCAUGCCUUACCAUUUGCCUCUCUUCAAAUGUCUGUGCAGGAAGGUGAAAAAGAUUCUGCUAGCGAUAAAGAUAUGAGUAAAUUAUUGGCUGAUCAGUCUUUUGUGUCUUCUAUCCUUGCCUCGCUUCCAGGGGUUGACCCAAAUGAUCCUUCAGUAAGAGACUUGCUUGCUUCUAUGCAAAACCAGUCAGAGGUGAGUAUUAAACUUAGCAGGGUUUAACAGUACAAGAAAAUAGCAUAUACUGGAUUUAUCUAGGUCAUGGAUUACCUUGUUAUCUAACUUAA